CUGGCUACGGAAAGAAAAUGCGCUUACGAUUGUUUCGACCGAGAAUCGGUAUCUUUGGGGCAUCCGGCACAGGUGUGGCGUUGAUCGGUGGGCUACCAUUCAUCGGCAAUGAUCAUGAUAAGGUCACAAUCGAUACGAAAACGGUACAGAGCAUGUACGCAGAGGCAGCGGGUGAUAAACAAACCGGCAUGGAGCGGCUCCGGAUGAUGUUCAGCAUUGACGAAUUUGGCCGUGUGUCGACGGAACUCAACUCCAUCUACCAGGCCGGAUUCAUAGGAUUUCUGUUUGGCGCCUGCUAUGGAGGCUUCGUAGACUCUCGCGUAGCGUACAUGAACUUCAUGGAACGGAACCAGGCGACAGCAUUCGAGUCAAGCUUUCAUGCCAAAAAGAAACUGCAGGAUCAGGUGACCGUAAGCUUCGCCAAGGGAGCAUUCAAAUGGGGCUGGCGGUUGGCGUUGUUCACCACGAGCUAUAUAGGCAUCCAAACCUUGAUUUCCGUCUACCGGGGGAAAUCUUCCUUGUACGAAUAUAUGACUGCUGGGAGCGUUACGGGGGCAAUGUACAAAUUUAACAUGGGGCUCCGCGGCAUGGCAUCGGGCGGAUUGGUGGGCAUGGCGCUCGGUGGAGUGGCAGGAGGUGCGUCGCUGCUUAUCAUGCGUGCUACCGGUACCACGAUGGAGGAGGUUCGUUUCUGGCAGUACAAGUGGCAAGCGAACCGCGAUCAAGUAAUACGCGAUUCAUUGAAAACGCAAGAGAGGGCUGAAGAGGAACCGCUGCUCACGCAUCACCACAACAAGUUCGGUAAAGUGAACCUCGAUCUUGAUGCGAUCGAGGCGGAAAAACGUAAAGUACAGCUGGCGGUGGAAAAGGAAUCGUUAAUGGCGAAGCUGGCAGAGGAAGAAAAGGCUGUGUCCGGUGAAAAAUAGCGUGCCAUUUACUGGGCAAAUGAUCCAUAUUUCUUUCUUCCAUUGAGUAACUGCGCGUGCUAGAGAUAUGUUUUACAGAAUUUUAUUUCAAACCGAUUCACAACUGAAGAACCAUCAUACACACUCUGUCUAUCAUCUGCCCGUUGUUGCUGAAAGUUGUUUAUUGCUGGGUGAGGAAAUGAAAAGAAAAAAAGUGAAAAAUACAGCACCUAAUACGCCGUACUGCGCUGCGGCUCAACUAUUAUCUAAUUGUCUUCAUGUCGGGUAAGGAUUUGGAUUUCAUUAGCUUCUUCUUGGCUUGCAGCUGUUCGUGCUUGAGCCGCAGUUGGAGCAGAGCGGUGGCACCGCAGGCAUCAGCUUUGGGGCGGGAAUCAGGAAGGGCAACAGGCAGGCACAGGCGCAAAAGGAAAAGAAGAAAAACUUUCCGUUAAACCGUUGGGAAGUGCAAAACAGCGCGUUAGGUGUUGGGAAUACGAAACCAUUUAAUCAGUGUUGAUAAAGAAAACAAUGACACGGAGGUGUUUUGGUUUUUGAGAAAUGAAUUCAGACGGCCAGAGCCCGCGGUUUUAUUCACAAAACAUAAUUUGAAAAAGAAAAACUAUCUACAUACAACGUAAAGAUGAAUUGGCGAACGAUACAACUAGCUUCUAUCGAACGAACGAAGAACAAACAUAAUAGUAAAUCUAAAAACACAGACGAAACUGCAUGCUAAACUUAAAUUAACGAUGCGGUUCCAGCAUCCGUAUCCGGCGAGGAGUGGUAAAGAACUUGUGGUAGAACUGGGUUUCAGAUAUAAAGAAAAACAAUGUUAAGGAGAAUGAAGAUGGUCUAUGUUCAGAGACCACCAUCGGCCCAUGUAAGUAUGCAUUAUCCUAGAUAAGGCGGUGCUUGCGUGUUUACUAGCAGAACAGUGGCAGGAAGCUUGCAAGUGAAUACAUAAACACAUUACUCCCACAGGUGCACUACAUAAACCUUUGUUUUAUUUCUGCACUUUUGCAAUUAUCACUGGAGCAAAGAUUGUGUGGUUUGAAUCGGAAUUGGGUUGUUUCUUUGUUGUUUGUUUUUCAUUAGGACCAGAAUGAAACAAGAAACUGCUCAUGUUGGGCAAUGCAUCGAUCAGUUCAAAUCAAGUAGUUCAAACCGAGUGCCCAGUUCCCUGUCGGCGGAGGGAACAGGGGUACGUUCUGUUAACUUCUUUAAAACGAACACGUUCAAAGGUUUUAGUAAUUCUAUCACACAUGCGUGUACUUACAACAAUACUCACACAUACACACAUACACAAUCAUUCCCACUUUCUAUUUCUCUCUCACAUAACACAGAAAAAAACUGUUCUAUUCAUUCAUUCUCCUCACACGUACGACGCCAUUUGUUCGAUUGUGUGUUCGUUCGAUCACAAAUAAUGAAGAACAAAACAGCAUGAAAAGGGAAGAAAACAAUAAGGAAAGAUACAAAUAAAAUAAAGAAACAAACUAAAUGAACAAAAUCGUACGAUAUACCAACAAAAAAAUUAUGUAUCAAUAAAUUUCACUUUAUCACAAGCGUGCUUUUCUUGUAUCACAGAAGAAGGAAACUAAGUACGCAACGCAGCAGCAGCCAACGGAACA